GUGUCACAGGAGUCCUGGAGUGCGACAGUCAAAUGUAGGUCAAAGAAAUCCAGUGGAUGAAGCAGAUUGCUCAUUAGGUGCCAAACCAAGCAAAAGUCCGCGAGUGUGUUUUUCAGUGACAACAGGCCAGCCAUCUGCUCUUCUUUUAUUCAUUCAUUAACAUCUUUUCUUUUUUUAAUCAGAGGGGGCCCUUUGUGUGUCUGUGUGUAAGCAUUCAUCACAACAGCCACUUGCAGUGCAACUCUGUAACGUCACUGAUGUUGUUGUCUAAAUCUGACACACGUGUGUGUCGUGAUGGUACCGCCACAUGACCAGACAGGCUUGUGAUUGGCCAGGGGCCCGAGCUAAUAAAGCGUGGCGCAAAAUCCCGACUGGUGAGUUUCUGAUGAAGGCAACAGUUGCCACAUCAAGAAGGGAUACCAAAGGGACUGAACGGAGAAGAAACGCUGCCGGAAAACACCACAGCAAAUGAAAGAUGACAUAAAUGAAGAAAUGAUGGAUCCUCCAGUUGAAUGAAUGUGCAAAAAUCUUGAGCUUUAAUCAUCGUAUCUAAGACAAGGGUCCUGCCUCCAAACACACCAAAGUUCUUCCAUACCAAAGCAACCAAAACCAAACCUCUGAAGCUUCAUCCAUCAUCAGCAGUGUUCCUCACCACACUGUCAAAAUGAAGAUGGACAACACACCUGGAGACAUAAGUGGGUGGAGGGAGGUCGACUUCGCCCUCAACUGCACCUACAUUGUGCCGGACCAGGUGUCGGACCCCAGCUUCAGCCUACCCAAAGCCAUGACAUCCAUCCCACGGAACCUGGUCUUUGAAUACGGCACUGACAAUGAGGUGAUAGGCGUGUUCAGCAAAGAAUAUAUUCCUCAGGGGACUCGCUUCGGCCCGCUGCAAGGAGACAUCUACACCAAAGACAAUGUCCCAAAACAGGCCAACAGAAAAUACUUCUGGAGGAUUUACAACGGUGGUCAGCUUCAACACUUCAUUGAUGGCUAUGAUGUCCACAGGAGCAACUGGAUGCGGUACGUUAACCCGGCGUGCUCUCUGGCUGAACAGAACCUGGUGGCAUGUCAGAACGGCCGGGACAUCUACUUCUACACCAUCCAACCGGUGGAACCCAAACAGGAGCUGCUGGUCUGGUACAGCCCCGAGUUCGCCCACAGGCUGUGCAGCCAACAGGAGGACAUCAGACAAAAACAACUGAGCCCUGAUGUGGACCAUGAGCCAGAGUACACCAAACAGCACCUACCUCAGCAGACGUGGCUCAGGGAAAACACAGAGGAGGAGGUGAAAGAUGGAAGAGAUGACAAGGAAGAGGAGAAGAUUGAGGUGUUGGAGAGAGAUACUCCACCUGACACACCUGACGAUCAAAUCAUGGACUUCAGCAAAGCGUUGGAGAAUGAGAACAAAGGUGACGGGGAUCCAGACAGUCAGGAGGUUACACGUUCCUCUCGGCCUGAACACAGAGAACCCAGUCUGGGUUUGAGUCACUCCUACCUGUCAGAUCAUCAUCCAGCAUUCUCAUCUCCACACAGAAGUCUCCCACUGCACCUCCAUGGCCUUUAUGGCCACAGAGAAGGCCUUGUGUCCUCCUACCCUCUUUACCCCCAGUCCAGACACCUCCAACCUACCUAUCAGCUCCUUCCACCCUACACUCCACACUAUCCCCGCCUCCUCUUACCACAGUACUCGCCUCCCUUCCCUGGAAUGCUCCCCUCUCAGGGAUCCCUUCAGUACAGUACCUACUUGGGCACAGACAGACUCCCGUAUCCUCCCAUCAGUCAGCCCAGCAUGCUUCCAGUUUCUCUGCCCUAUCCUACAUCUCCACAGGGAGGCCUGAAAGAACGGACUGCUAAUAUGUCCCCGCCACAAGGUGCCCCAGCCACUCCAGAGCUCUCACCUCGCCUCAAAGCCACCAGCCAGCACCAGUCACCAGAGCAGUCUCCCUCUGGCUGUGAAGAAGCAAUGAACCUCAGCUUGGCAACAACCAAAGGCAGCCCAGCUCCAAAAAAUGGUCCUGGCCACAGAGCCCUGCCCUACCCACUGAAGAAGCAAAAUGGCAAGAUCAAGUAUGAAUGUAACAUCUGCAUGAAGACUUUCGGACAACUGUCAAAUCUCAAGGUUCACCUCCGGGUUCACAGUGGCGAGAGACCGUUCCAGUGUAACUUGUGCAAAAAGAGCUUCACUCAGCUGGCUCACCUCCAGAAACAUCACCUUGUCCACACGGGGGAGAAACCACAUGAAUGUCAGGUGUGUCACAAGCGCUUCAGCAGCACCAGCAACUUGAAAACUCACCUGCGUCUCCACUCCGGGGAAAAACCUUAUCAGUGCAAGCUAUGCAACACAAAGUUCACCCAGUACAUCCACCUCAAACUGCACCGCCGCCUCCACAGUACGCACGACCUCCCGUACCGCUGCCAGCACUGCAGUCAGAUCUUUCUCCACCGCUUCUCCCUCCACAUCCACCAGCGAAGCUGCUGCCCGGCUAAUGCUAGCACUCAGGCUGCCGUGCACAUGAAAGAGCUGGUGGAGCAGUUCGACUCCAGCCAAGAGGCGGACAAGCUCCCCGAGGCACCCUCUGCGCUGCAGGUGGAGUCCGCUGUGGAGCGUUGGGUGGCUCGUACUUUAGAAGGCGAGGGCAAGGAGGACCAGAAGGAGGCUAGCCUGCUGCUGAAAGCUCUGACCGCGGCUAUUCAAGCACCAUCAGUGGCCCAGUCAGCUGCUUCCACAUCACACCACACCACUUCACCGACCUAUCAGGAAAGGGCUAGUGUGGUUCACCUCUAUAAACGGCCAAUGGUAAAAACAGAAGGACAGUGAGAAAGAACUGACUGAAGGAGCAGGAGGCUAAUGAACUUUGCAGAAGAUUGCAUACUUUAAUUAAAAAUAGACAAUGCCAAAAAAAAAAAAAAAAAAAAUCCCUUCCUAAUUCAACUUAGGGAGAUGCAAAAGGGAAAAUUCACAUUCCAACAACCAAAAGCAGAGCAUUCCAAAGAGCGGAGCAUUAAGUGAUUGUCUCUCACCUGCUUAGUGAAAGAAAAGAGGAAAGAUUAAGUUAAGCUGUGACGUAUUUAAAAGUUGUUUGACUCAGGUAGACAAGUAUUUUCUUAUUUGUGCUUUAACUUAUUCAUUUAUGGAAAAUUUGUUUCUAUUUAUUUUGUAGUUUUAUUUUUUUCCGUUUGUGUUGUUCAGCGUGUGUUAGCAUUUUUUGAUUCCUUCUGGGGUGAAGACGCAGGGACAAUGCCAUGUGAAUGAACUUGCACUUGUUCUUUACAGUUCCUAGUACGUGUGCACAUGUUUGUGUGUAUUUAAAAAAUGUGUGUCUAUGGUGUGUUGAAAAUUGUGCUUUAAGAGUGUAAAUGAGUAAUAGGACAUAGUUGCAGCAAAAAGCAGCUUUCUGGCACUCUGAUGAGUCCUUUUAACAGUUUUUAUCUUUUUAUUUGUGAUGUGAUGUUGAAAUUUUAUGAACAUUUGCCACCAUUUGUAUUGGCCCAGCUAUUGAAUUGUAUGUUUCAUAUAUAAAUAUAAACAAUAUUUGACCAAAACAAAAUUUGUUAUUGCCUAAUACUGCAAUAGUUUCAUGUAUUAAAAGCAAUACUGAUUCACUAGGUGUAUUGCUUUACUACAUCAUUUUGUUCAGGUGAACCAUUUCUCAUAUUUUUUUUCAUGCAAAAGCUUUACUGUAAAUGUUUUUAAAUAUGAGCUUCAUCCAAAUCUCCAGUCAGGUUAAAAUACUUCAUUCCUGCUUCAUAUAUCGUCACCAUUUUCACAUUUUGGUUACCAGUGGCCGAUUAUAAUGGUAGUACUUCAAAUUUUCCAGCACGGUUACCAUUUUGUCACCUGAAUGAGAAAGUGUGAGGAAUUUUUGACAACUUGAGUAUCAUGUCAGGUAUGUACUUUUUUCAUUUUGUCAUAUUUUUUUUUUUUUUCUGUAACAGUUUCUUCUUUUGUAUAAUUAUUUGUUGAUGUAGAUCAUUUUCAGAAACGGCUUGGAAGAUGUUGAGAAUUUAUUUGUAAGAGACUAUUUUUCUGAUACUUUUAUAUUUACAUGAUGUAGCAUAUUAAAUACACUGUUUCUAUA